AAGCAGAACCACCUUUGUAGACGAUAUAUACAUUUCAUACUGCAUAUUUAUGUAUUGUUCCAAAUGCAUGUUGGUGACACUUGUACUCAAUCGCAGCUUCGCUCAAUGGGUGUAAAAGGCUUGUGAAAUCAGGCACUGACAGAGAUAAACCUCAGAAGCUGCACUGUCAAAUAGAUAGAAAGCUACCUGUGAGAAGUGCGCUCAUCCACAGAUUGCUGGCUGGAUACACUCACAGGUAGAACCAUAGGUACAGACCAGUCAGAGACCUGGACGGCAGAGAAUGAAAGAAGGUUGCAUGUUAGUUCACCAUUAGUUUGUCAUGAAGUGUAUUGCUGACGUUGUUUUUUAACAAUAUCUCAGAAAAGGUGAAAAUGCAGGAACAAACUAUGGUCGCUUUUGGCUGAAGUAACCAAGUCUGUGGUUCUUAAAAGGCAUCAUGACAGAGCUUCAGGAAUGAACUGAACAGAUUAACCCGAAGAUGCAGGUACAUUUGUGUCCAACAGAUGGCGCAACAGAGUCAUAGACGACACAAGUCUGUCGUGCUAAUACUUCCUUUUAACCAUCUGAAUUCUAGCAACAUGACAGAACUGAUCGCACAAGUUGUCGACUCUGUUCAAUAUUCAAUCUAUAUUUUUUGUUAAUAUGAUCGACAAUAUAUAAAGCAAACGGGGUCACAAAUGUUUGAGAAAUAUCAACGGAUAUUUGAGAGACAUUCUUCUGGAACUAACAUUCAUAUAGAGUACAAACAAAUGUGGAUGAAAGUCAUCAUCUUUGGAUCGAUAAGCCAAAAACAUUGUUUAAAUCGAUUGGUGCAUGUGCACACUCGCGUCAGAAAUCAGUCGCUAUCAUGUCUUAUAAGCGCAACAAUAAUGUGAACUUUCCGCUCUCUAUUAUCAGUAAUCGCCAAGACUCAAAAUAACUUCUGAAUAAAUAUAAAAAGUGUAAUAAACUUUUCUUUGCCGAAACAUUUUGUAUCUAAAUGCGGAGGAACAGUAGGUGCUGGCUGUUAUUGUGGGGGCUGCGACUCGGACGGUUGAGGAGUUUUAUUGAAAAGAGAAAAAAAAAAACACGUAUAUGUCGGAAAUAAAACAGUAGUGGACGUCAUCACUGUAAACACCCUCAAAUGUGGCAUAUAACGUUGAAACGUUGUGAGGAGAGUUGUGCUGUGCUGACAGCGCAGCCUCCUCCCUUCUGGCUGUCCCUCUUGACUUGGUGACAGACCUAAAAGCCUUUUGUUACAAUCUUAGCCAAUGGAGACGGAUUACGACACGGCGCAGCUGAGAUAUAUAACGAGCCUCUUUUUGACCGCACUUGCACAUUUUUCAGUGACACUUCUGAACAGCCACACACCUCCAUGGACUAAAUAACAACGAGAAUACAUGUGAGCGGACUAUGCAUCCAUCAGCUUGAUCAUUUAACUUGAAUCGGGACGUCACUGUACCACUUUGGAGCGCGUUUUUCCUCCCUCAAAAAGACUCACUGGUUCUGCAACUUGGGCUGUUGGAAUUGAUGCACCACUGCAUCUGAGACCGGGAGCGACGCCACGCCGAUCAGAAGAGUAACGAGAAAAAACAAAAACAAAACAAAGUUGGUGUUUAUCGUGAUGCCGAGGUACAACUUCUUGCUGUGCUUGAUGGUGCUCAUCUCUCUGGGACAGUCGGGGAGCGAUGAGCCCAAUCUGCUGCUGCCUCCUGCCAGCGAGACGCCCACGGAUGCCGGACUGUCCCUACUGGACGAGGACGCCGGUUCCCACGAGUGUUCCGCCUGCGUGUGGAGGGAGCAGAGCAAAGUGCUGCGACUGGAGACCAUCAAGUCCCAGAUCCUGAGCAAGCUGAGGCUGAAGCAGGCGCCCAACAUCAGCCGGGAGGUGGUCAACCAGCUGCUGCCCAAAGCGCCUCCUCUCCAGCAGCUCCUGGACCAUCACGACUUCCAGGGCUACGCGUCGUCCCAGGAUGAGUUUAUGGAGGAGGAUGAGUACCACGCCACCACGGAGUCCGUCAUCACCAUGGCCUCGGAGCCGGAGUCACUGGUGCAGGUGAACGGGAAGCCCAGCUGCUGUUUCUUCAAGUUCAGCCCAAAAUUAAUGUUCACCAAGGUGCUGAAGGCCCAGCUGUGGGUUUAUCUGCGGCCACUCCAGCAGACGUCCACCGUCUACCUGCAGAUCCUCCGACUCAAACCCGUCACAGAACAAGGAAGCCGCCACAUCCGCAUCCGUUCCCUGAAGAUAGAGCUCAACUCCAGAGUGGGACACUGGCAGAGCAUUGACUUCAAGCACGUGUUGCAAAACUGGUUCAAACAGCCGCACACCAACUGGGGAAUUGACAUCAACGCCUUCGACGAGAGCGGCAAUGACCUGGCUGUUACCUCGCUGCGACCCGGGGAGGAGGGGCUGCAGCCGUUCCUGGAGGUGAAGGUUCUAGAGACAACCAAACGCUCUCGAAGAAACCUCGGCCUUGACUGCGACGAGCACUCCACCGAGUCCCGCUGCUGCCGCUACCCUCUCACUGUGGAUUUCGAGGCAUUUGGCUGGGACUGGAUCAUCGCUCCCAAACGCUACAAAGCCAACUACUGUUCCGGCCAGUGCGAGUAUAUGUUCAUGCAGAAAUAUCCACACACCCAUCUGGUGCAACAUGCGAAUCCCAGAGGCUCUGCCGGGCCCUGCUGUACUCCCACCAAGAUGUCCCCAAUUAAUAUGCUCUACUUUAAUGACAAACAGCAGAUCAUCCAUGGAAAGAUUCCAGGGAUGGUGGUGGACAGAUGUGGAUGCUCCUAGACGACAGAGGAAACACACUUGUGCGCAGCCUACAUUGCAUUGAACCACCCAGAACCCUUAUGGAGCUUUCCCUCGGCACCAGACCCCACUUUUUGGCAACAGAUUUCACUCCACUCCGCCACAAAAAAUGGGACUAGCUUUGCUUUUUUUCCCAGUAAACAAAUUAAAUUGUAAAAAAAUAGAAAAAAAAAGAAAGAAAGUAUUGAGUGAUGGAAAUGCAGUCCAUUGUGUAUGAUUUCAGGAGGCUGACACGAUGGAAGAGCUGGGGAAAAUGAUUGUCUUAUAGAUUACAUAUAUUAGUAUUGUGUUUUGUUUUUAUUUUCAGACUUGUGUGGCAUCUUUGUGAAGGUCCAUGGUAAUGGAUUCAGAUGCCAGGAGACAGAAACAGCAUAAGACUUAAAGACAAUUUGAGCUUCUUUAUUUUGCAGAAAUGUGUCUGUACAGGCGAGGUCUGUUGUCGAUGAAUCAGAUUUCAUGAACAGAUAUAUUCUGUAUUAAUUACUAACAAAAAAUAGUCAGCAAGAGUUUACACUUUGUAGUUCUGCCAGGACAGAUCUAAGAGAUGUGCUCAAGAGACAUUAACUUCCUGGUGGUCCCCAAAAUGAAACCAAACCAUUUAAACGUCUAACAACCUAGUGUGACAUUCUUGAGGAUCUGAGCAACAAUUUCCAUGGUCCGCUUUGAUCUUUUUCUCCCAAGAAAAAACCUGUGUCUACUGCGUCUUUCUGACAGAUUCUUGAGAAUUUGAAAUUGCGUAUUCUUAAAAGACUUGCUCCAUCAAAGCCAGAGAAAGAUAGAGAAUCACGAGAUACAAGAGUCACAGGCUCAGAUUUUCAGUGUAGCAUUCAUUAGAAUCGCUGCCUUCGCACCUUUGCAGUUACAUCUUCAAAUGAUGGCUCAAGCUCUCAAUAUAACACGUCAGGUUUAGGACCACAAACUCGUAACACUUGCGACUCCUCAAUGAGAUCCUAUAGCUCUAGUUUUGGGUGUCAGAUGACUCUGUUUUUGAGAUUGAUCUUAAGACUUAACAUGUAAAAUGAUGAUGUUUUACAAGAGGGUAGACAUGCACUGUGUUUCCUUGGGUGAGGCGGGUGAAGUUUCCCUUGAGUAGGUGAGAGCCCAGUCAGUUCUUUGAGUAAAAAGGGGGGUUAGUUAAGGUUAUCUGGCGCCUAGCAGGUUGUCAACUGCUCUGCUCCCUGGCACAGUUUCCAGGGAGCAGAGCCAGCUUUGACAUACUGAUGAAGGCGUUACUAAUUCAUUGGAUCACUAUUUGCAUCGUUGUACAGGUGUGAUUUGUGUACACAUUUUCAAAAGACCAAAUGGAAAGGACACAUUUUUUUGCACCAAUUUUUCUGUCACUGCAAAGUGGCAUUACAUUUGAUUUUUUUUUUUUUUUUUUUUGAGAGAGAGUCCAAGUGGCUUAGGUUCAUAUGUGAGCUGGGCUAAUUGUUGAGGUGUAGCCGACACUCACACACGUGUUGGUAUCACUGCAGCUGCUUUACAAUGUUAAAUGCUGAUUUUAAAGUGAUUGUGUUGAAAUUCACGUAGAUCAUUUUACACCAUCAGGAAGAAUGUUGCAUGAAUUCCAGUUAUACUUCAAUCUUUUUUGGGCCAUUGUUCAGUUUUAUGUCUAUAGUCUUCAUGUCCAGAUCGGCAACCUUCCUCUCUAAUCUUUGGUUCAUUUACAUCAGCUACUUCACAUUUAAAAGUGAUCAGACAGCAAGCUGUUUUUGUAAGAGAAAGAUAGCAGCAACACAAACGACAGUCUGUGAUCGCAUAUUAAAUCCCAUUUGACGUGUUUCAAAAUAAGUCCUGGGCGAGUGUAUGCCAUAGAUAGAAAACGCUCCAUCGAUCAUGACUAUGUUGCAUUAUUGCAGUGAUGACAAAUGAAUUAUUAUUAGUGCUUGAAUACAGAGUAGAUCAGUACACUUGAAGUCUGUCUUUGUCUCCUGGAUGUCCUAACAAAGAUAUCUAUUUGUUGUAAACGAAAGCACUAUGCUGUUGGAAAAAAGGAAGAGCCUUCUGACAUUUUAUAUAAAUGAUAUAUGUAUAUAUUAAAAGGGAUACAAAAACCUUUUCGGGGGCAGUCUACCUUCCAACAAUAAAUUUUGCACUAUGAGAUGUUGAUGGCGUUAGGAGUUGUUGUUUGUGUUUUACCAAGCACAAGAGACCCUGUACAGAAUAGCCGAAUGAGAAACUAUUGGAGACUUUGGUGAUUAACCAUGCGCGUAAACUACACCAUUUGUCACGUCUUUUUUGAUACCAUACCGCUUUCCUGGCUUUUGUCUGAAGCGGGGGCCUGUCCAUACACUCGCACAUUUUUGUCCUAUCCAGAACCUUAAAAAAAAAACAAAAAAAAAAACUGUCUCUGUCUGUGGCCUAAAAGGCCUUUUCGCCCACAAUGGAAGAUAAACUAAGUGUUUAUUUCGUGUCUGGAACAAUGAACAGAGAAUGCUUUAACUGGAAACGGUCUGGCCAACAACUUUAUUAGAAUUAGAAAGACCUUUUCCUUGAUUUUUUUUUAACUUAAACAAUAUUUCGUGUUACAUAGACAUGUUUUGCCUUUGUAUGUAAUUUAAAGUAAAGAGGAGUAUCCAGGGAUUUUAGCCAAAGUAGAGGGGGACAUGCGUGCUGUAACUCUUAUUGCAGGAAUAUGCUAGAACAUUUCAAAGGACGAUAAAAAGCUGCUAAGAUGCAGUGGUUGGAAUUAUUCAACUGGUCAUUUGUCUAUUUAUUAAUAUUAAAUAUCAAUGCAUAUUAAGUCUGUCUACCUCACGUUAGCCUUCUAAAAACUAGCUUUUUGAAAGAAACAUCACCGAUUAAUCUGUGCAAACAUUGUGUCCAUGAGAUCCCCGACUCCAAAAGUUGUAGCUAAAACCACAGGGUCCCCAAUGCUCUCAGGUUGAGAUUGACUUCUCCAAGAAUGAGCAACGGAGGCGGCUCUGCUCAAGAUGUCAAUAGAUUUGCCCAGGACGAUGGAUGGCCUAACUGUGGGUGACGCUGUUGAAAAGUCUAAGUGUAUGUUUGCUGCUGUGAGUGAGUGUUUUCAUAUAAUUAUAAGAGAGAGAGAAAAAAAGUCUCUCUGUAGAUAUUGACCCAAAUGUCAUUUAUCUUGUUUUGGACAGGUUCACCGCUUCUUUUCUCCUACAUUCCUCUGUUCUUGGUGUAGUUCAGAGAUUAAAAAAAAAAAAAAGAAAAUCACUCAACUUUGUAGUUAAAUGGUUGUGCAUAUAUGAAUAACAGUUCAAAUGUUAUUUUGCCUUUUGUUGUUUAUUUACUGUCAUUUUUCUUUUGUACA